UCUUUUUCGUACUUCACGUGUAGCGUCGUUAGUCGAAGGCGUGUACAUUUGGGCGUUAUUUUCUUACUUGUUUUGUUUGAAUGUUCGAGUUAUAUUAUUUUAUUCGGAAUGAGUUCGGAAAAUAUACUUCGUUUGAUCACAGUUCUAGUUAUCCUGACUUGCUGCAUUGAACAAGGUUUUUCUAUAAAAUGUUGGGUAUGUAGAUCCGAUUCGGAUCCAAAAUGUGCGGAUCCUUUCGAUAAUUCUACAGUGCCAAUCACAGACUGUAAGCAAGAGCCAGAUUUAGAACAUUUACCAGGUGUACGACCAACAAUGUGUCGUAAAAUACGUCAAAAAGUCAAUGGGGAAUGGAGAUAUUUUCGUAGUUGCGCUUACAUGGGUGAGCCGGGAAUAGCGGGAGAUGAACGCUUUUGUCUUAUGAGAACCGGAACUUAUAACAUAUUUAUGGAAUAUUGUACUUGCAAUAGCAAGGAUGGCUGUAAUUCAGCAUCUAAGGAUCAUGGAAGUUUGUUAUUACUCUUAUUUACAAUGAUAAUUCCAUUAGGAUAUGUACUUUGUUUCUCUUAAAAAGCAUUGCCAAAGUUAAUGAAGAGAUCUGAAUUAUUAAGUAACUUAAAACUUUUACAAGUGCCUUUGUAACAUAAAGAAGUAAUUAGUACUUAUGGGCAACAAGAUGAUGAAUCUUUGUAUAUAUUUACAAAGAGUUCGUAGCAUAAUAUAUCUUAAAAUCUGCUAUUUCGUACACACAAUCUUUUUAUAAAUAUUUUAUAUCAAGAAUAUCUUUUUAUAUUUUUUACGAGUAUUAUAAACUAUACUUAAAACAUUGUUUUCCAUGUCAGUAUCGUUAGUACAAACAGAUCUAACAAGAUUAGUGUAUACCUGAUAUAACAUCAGAGUAAUUUUAAUUAAGACUGUUAAUGCCAUCCAAAUAGAUGCAAAUUAACUUAGUAAUAUUGGAAAUUGUGUGAAAGAUUUUUUAUUUAUAUAUUACAUUCUUGUAAGAAAGUUAUUUACUUACAAAACUACCUGUACGUAUAUCACACUUGCAGUGUUGAUAAUAUUGUGUAAUGAUGCAGUUAAUGAUCCGUCCAAGAUUUAUAUCUAUCAAAUAUUUUAUAUCUAAUAUGUAACAGAAUGGAUAAUAAAUCAAAGAUAAAAAGAAAUAAAAUACACAGAAUAAAAUAUAUUAUUAACAAUA